UGACCCUACCCCUCCCCACUUUCACUACCCCCACCUCACCCCCGAAAGCGCGCGCUGCAUUGUGGGUUGCCCGCGCCUCCAUCUGCAAUCGCUCUGGUGAUCGCGUUAUCGUGUAGCCAUGGCAACGCUUCCCCUCUCAAACCCCAUGCCCGUGGCCGAUGUCAUCAGAGACCUGGACACCCAGAUAGCGCUCAUCGGACCUGGACCUCACAAUCCUAAACAGAAGCAGGAUCUGGAGCGUCUCAAAGACCUCAAGACGAAGGCAGUGCAGGUCCUCGCCAACAUGGGCCCCACGGCUCUGCUCAACGUGUCCAGCCUCGCCACGGCCUCGUCCCUCAAGCCCAACGCGGACACGUCGCCCGCCGGCUCGACCGGCGGCAACGCCGUCGCCGCCGGGCCGACGUCCGUCACGACCGCCGCGGGCAUCUCCGGCUCCCCGUCCUCCGCCGCUUCCUCCGUUGCCGGCGGCGCGGCCACCGCCGCGGUUACGGGGGCUGUGGGCGGCGGCGGCGGCGGCGCCGUGGCGGUGAAGCGAGAGUCCCCGUCGGGGACGCCGGCCGGCGGGGUGGCCGGUGGGCCGCGCUGCGUGGUGGACGGCACGCAGGUGCUGAGCAGGAAGAGGCUGCAGGACCUGGUGCGGGAGGUUGACCCCAACGAGCAGCUGGACGACGAUGUGGAGGAGAUGCUGCUGCAGAUCGCCGACGACUUCAUUGAGAGCGUGGUGUCCGCCGGCUGCCAGCUGGCGCGCCACCGCAAGUCCUCGUCGCUCGAAGUGCGCGACCUGCAGCUGCACCUGGAGAGGCAGUGGAACAUGCGCAUCCCAGGCUUCGGCUCGGAGGAGAUCAGGCCCUACAAGAAGUCCUGCACAACGGAGGCUCACAAGCAGAGGCUGGCUCUGAUCCGCAAAACCACCAAGAAGUAAGGGGAUGGUGGUCCCUCCUCACCUGCCCAGGGUAAAACUUUGUUUUUUUUUUUUCCCCCAAAUGUCAUUUCUCGAGUCAGCUGGAUGGGUUCAGAGGGCUCACAGCGGACUUGCCGGAGACACUGUAGGGGGGCACCACGGUGGCUAGGAGAUGUUGACUACCUCGCCUGGUGUGCAGGAGGUCGUGGCUUCGAUCCCAACCCUGACGAUGCCUGCUGCUGCUGUAGAUUUGGAGUUUGCGUGUUCUCACCGUGGUCGCGUGGAUUUUUCUCCGGGAGCUCCGUUUUUUUCCCUGCCACAUUUAGAAUCAACAUCACGCAUUUUAGAGUGUUUGGCUGCUGCUAUAAAUCUCCACGUGAUGAUGACAGGCCACUUCGUUGGGCUAUCAUUUGUGACAGCCAGGUCACUUCUGAAAAAUAGCCUCAUAGUAGCUCUUUGGGGCCUUACCUGGUAACAAUAAAAACAAUAGUUUCCGUAGUUUUGUCAUUUGGUCACUGGGCGUUACGUGUUACAGCAAGUCCUCUGUUUACGUAGAGUGCGUCCGUUGGAAGCGCGACAUUGUGCCAAACGAUGCAGAUCUAUGACCGUUGGUUUUCACGAUGUGAAUUUAGGAUACGUUCCCGGGAGUUGUUUUUUUUUUGGUCAGCAUUUGCAGAAAAAAAAAAUACAUGAAACUCUCCGAUGACGCACACACACGCGGUAUGUGUGUGUGUGCGUGCGUCAUCGGGACCGGAAAAAAAAUUUGUAACUUUAUCGUUACACUGAGGCUCCCACGAGGCCAUGCGGGAGUGCGUGUGGCUCGGUUUCUUGGUGCGGCGGUCGUGUCGCUACGCAUCUCUGCGUUGACGACGUCUUUAUAAAAACAACGGCACUGCUGCUAUUGCUGCUACGCCUCGAAAUACAAUGAACGCUGAGCCGCUCGCGCGUUCUGAGAUUCGGCGGUGAGUGGGGGGCACCCACCCAGACUACCCUGCGACUUGCAGCCGCCUCGGAACGGGGGAAAGAGUUAAAUAAAUACCUAAAAAAGAUGUCGUGCAACAAGUUUUAACAAGUAAUGUAAUGCAUGAAGAGAGGGUAGUGCAGUACACAGCAUGGCGAUGUUGUACAGUAGGCAGUACAGCGAUGUUGUACAGUAUGGCGGUGCUGUACAGCACGGCGAUGCACGGCGGCGUAGCCACGCCGCACAGUAUACAGUGCGGCAAUGUACAAUUUUCAAUGUUGUGCCGUAUACAGUGUGGCGAUGUGCAGUGUGGGGUGGUGCGUGGUAUACAGUGUGGCAGCAUUGUACAGUGCGGCGAUGUUGCACGGUAUGGUGAUGCUGCGCCACAGGGUGAAGCACAGUAUGGCCGUCGUCUUACAGUGCACGGCGUGACGAUGCUGCACGGUACACAGUAGGGCAAUGCCGUGCUGUUUACAGUGUAGUGACGUGUGGCGUACAGUGUGCACUGCGGUGUGGCGCUGGUGUACGGUGUACAGUGCGGUGGUGUUAUGAACACUGAGGCUUGAGCGCCUCUCCUGGGAACGCCGCGGUGGAGUUGGCUGCCCAUGCCGCGUUUCAAAGUUGUUCGACACAGCGUCGCCGCGAGUGAACGUUUUCACUUGACGUGGAAUUACGCUCGCCACCCCCGAUUUGGCCGGCGACGUUGCAGUGUCCACCGCACGGGUAGUUUGUGCCCGCGGAGCUUCUUUCGCAACCGUGCGGUCAGCCAAACCGCGCUAAUCGGCAGUGCGGGGUGGAAGGACGACAAAACUAAACGCAGCGACAACAAGCAGUUGGAAAGAAACGAGUUUGUCAAGUGUGGAUGGUGAUCAUUUGAAACAUGUGUCGUAGCUCCAAGCGGCUCCCUAAUUAUCAGAAAAGAAGAGCGUUCCAGACGGCCGCAGAAGCACACCCGAAAGUGCCGCGCGACGAUACGGUGACUUUGUCUUUCCCCCUACCCCCCCGAUGGCUAAGUCGAGAUCCAGUGGCUUGCAUAGCAGACCGACAUAUUUACAUAGAGACGCGCCGACUGACUUUCUUAGAUUGAACUGUGAUUAAACCUGGUUUUUCAAGUAGCGUAGCGAGUUGAUGAUCUCAGUCUGCUCCACCGGUGACUCGUAGAGAGAGAGAAGACCCCCCCACGUGGACUCGAAUGGACGAGGGUUGUGAUGGAGACCCCAGCGGUCUGGAUAGUACCCCAUAGACACUAGUAGAGACCCAUAGUUUUUGUGUGGUUUUUAGUUUCACCCCCCUGCCCCUCUAGGCCUGUAUAUAUUUCCCUUGAGCUCACGGGGAUUCGCAAUCAGCCGGUGGGAAUUUUGUUGUCUUUGUUGUGAUGAUCAUCAUUAUUAAUGUAACCUUUCACGUGCCCCUGAAUUUUUGUUUGUAAGUCAUUGCUGCAAGGGAGUUCAAUAAAAGUGCUCGGAGCGAUGAUGAUCUGCUCAUG